GAUAUUCUGGCUAUGGAAGAAGUUAUAAAUUCAGGGGCAUGUCCUGAAUUAAAAGAUUUGGAAACAAAACUUGGCAUGAAAACCCCAGAGAGUUUGUUGAGAUCCAUGAGGGAGGAUUACACAAGUGAUGAACGCGCCUUGGAUACUGAUGAGAGAGUGGGACUGCCAGAGGAGCUUCUUGAUAAAAUUAAGAACCUCAAACUUCAGAUGGAGCAGCUGCGCUCGGCGGACGUGAAAAUCUUGCGCCAGUUCUUGACGCUCCACGAGGGCAUGGAGAUGCUGCGGUGGCUGCAGGGAGAUCGCAGCAGCACCCUCACCAGUCGCACAGGGAGCCUGACGGGAAGUCAGUCCAGUUUAGGUGACGUGGCUUUUAUGACCCACGGCGCAGGUGUCGAGUCACCCAACUGUUGCUCACAUACAACACCUGAAAUAACACUACACGGUCCCUCUGCAUCUGGCUCCACGCAGUGUUGUUCCACGUCACUUGAGGACUCUGGCGACCAUGCGUGGUCUCCAAUGUCCCUUCCCAAUGCUAAAGACUCUAUGCCAUACAAUGGGAUCCCUGCAGCCCCAGAGCAAAAUGCUGCAAAGAAAGGGACCUGGCAUUGCCAGGAAGACUCAGCACUGUCUGCUCCGUCCAGUGGGCUAGCACAAAGUAACACAGUGGAGGGUGAAGUGUGUGACCUGUGUGAAGGAGGCUGUCAGAUAGCAGAGGAGGGAACUGAGCUUUCACUGGGUCAGAGCGAGGCCCUGCUGGGUUAUGACACUCACUGGUGUUGGGUGGAAUCAAAGGAUGACGUAACCUUCCUCUGACCUCCUUUCUCCUCACUGCUGUCACCAUACUACAGGAAAAGUAACAGAAGCUCUAUACAUUUUGGCUACUAACAUAAUGUAGAAAUGUCACAGGCUCUUCUCAGUCCACUACAAAAUUGUUGUUUCAGUUUCUUAAAGGCCACUUUUUUCUUCAUACCAGGCCGCAUGCGGUACAGUGCUGGGAAAACAAGUUUCUUCUUAGCUGAUUUGAACAAGAUGGAUUUUCAGUUUUCCCUUUUUUACAGAGAUUGUGGCUUUUAUCCUGAAUGGAGUGCCAGACCCACUUGUCCAUUGUAGCGGUUGUUGUGGUGCUUAAUGUUGUAUGAUGUCCAAGGCUUGGGAUUUGGCUGUUUGAAUCACAUGGUUUGGCUCAACAUGAAUGACCUCACCAGCCAAGAACUCCCUCCCCUCAAAUACACACAAGGGGGGUUGAUUUGCAUGUAAAGACAAUCAACUGUUUGUCAGUUAAAUGAAUGUAUAGAUGAAGCUUUACAUGAUGAUUUGUUCCAAUAGGAGCACGUUGUAAGAAUUAACUGUAUUUCAUGUCUAGCAACAAGUCAUGCGACAAGACAGAGCUAAGGCUUGUAAUAAUAGGUCAACACCUCUUCGCUCUGUGCGCCUCCCCUGUGAGUCUGAUGUGUUUGACAGUUAACGGACGCUUCCUUCAUAGUGGUGGAUUGCCCGAUGAGGGAAAAAUGUGAGCAAUGUUUGAAGAUAAGGCCAAGGUCAUACAGAUGACCUGCAGCCAAGACAAUGAGGUGAAGGACUGAAAUAGUCAGUGUGCAUUUGAGAUUCUGUCCUUCCAUUAAAAUAGAAAUAUACAAUUGGUGUAUAACACUGUGUA